AUGGAGGUGGCCUUCCUUGCACCAACUGGCCACGCCGUGCAGGCCGUCUCGGCGCCAGCACAGGCCAACCAGAUUCCAGGACAGCAGUCGGCCUCCAGCUUCGGAGUGAAAAUGGCGGCGGUGGCAUCCUGCACCGCAGCGGCUGUCGGCUUGGCCUCCAGCCGCAAGCGCUCCAAGACCGCGGCGCGCUACACCACGCAGACGAUCCUGCCCUCCCUGGCCUGGAUCAAGACGGGCGUGAAGGCUUCCGAGCUGCAGCCCAAGCAACUGAAGGCACUGACCCUGGCCGGCAACGACGUGCUGAUCGGCAAGACGGAGGCUGGUGCGCUGUUUUGCGUGGGCAACUUGUGCCCCCACAUCGGCACGCCGAUGAGCGAGGGCGCCGAUGUGAUCGGUGACGUCAUCGUCUGCCCGCUGCACGGCUCCUCUUUCAAGGUGACCACGGGCGAGCUCCUUGACUGGUGCGUCUCCCCGCCGGUCAUCGGCCCUUUGACCGGGCUGAUCGUGGAGAAGAAGAACCUGCUGGUCUUCGAGGUCCGCCAGGGCGGCUUCCUGGGAUCUGGCGAUGUCGAGGUUCUCGUGGACACCAACGCAAAGAAGGCCUACGAGGCCUGGUACUGGAAGGGCUUGCUGGAUGCGCAGGGCAAGGAUGACGGCACCUACUACUGA